AUGCCGCUGAGCCUCGUAAAACUGGAGAUGCAAAGGUUCCUGCUUUUAACUCUGAGAGCUAAGGUCCCCCCAUCCGUUCACACCCUCAUCUUCACGCUUGCACUCGGCCUGCUGAGAGGGGUGGAGACCUGCCCAGGGCACCCCAACCUCUCUCCUGCUCCCAGAGCCUCCACCUUCUCCCCGUCCCCCAUCCUCCCCCAGGACUUGCUCUGGGCUGCCAGCUUCUACACCCGCUUCUUCCUGUCCUAUGUCCCAUUCUAUGGCAUUCCUGGGGUGCUGCUCCUCUUCGUGGCUGUCAGAGUCCUGGAGAGCCACUGGUUUGUGUGGGUGACACAGAUGAACCACAUCCCCAAGGAGAUCGGCCACGAGAAGCACCGGGACUGGGCCAGCUCUCAGCUGGCGGCCACCUGUAACGUGGAGCCCUCGUUCUUCAACGACUGGUUCAGCGGGCACCUCAACUUCCAGAUUGAGCACCACCUUUUCCCCACCAUGCCACGGCACAAUUACCGCAGGGUGGCACCCCUGGUGAAGGCCCUAUGUGCCAAGCACGGCCUCCGCUACGAGGUGAAGCCCUUCCUCACGGCCCUGGCUGACAUCGUAGGGUCCCUGAAGAAGUCGGGGGACGUCUGGCUGGAAGCCUACCUGCACCAGUGAAGGGGACCCCCAGGGCCUAGCACCCACCCCUGACCGGCCUCAGUGGAGCUCUUCACCCUCCGGGGUCCAGGGGGUGCCUGACUGCCCUCCAAGCCCUGCUUUCUCCCCCUGGGCCCCCUUGCCUGUCUGCCUGAGGGACCAGGGCUGGGGAGGGCACAUGGAGUAGUCAAUCACAUGGUGAACAUGUUCUCCUAGAGUGAGACUUGAGGGGAAACAGUUAUUUUUAUAUAAAAACAAACUUGGCGGGGGCUGGGCAGUGGGUUAAGCGCAUGUGGCGCAAAGCGCAAGGACUGGCGUGAGGAUCCUGGUUCAAGACCCUGGCUCCUCACCUGCAGGGGAGUCACUUCACAGGCCUUGAAACAGGUCUGCAGGUGUCUAUCUUUCUCUCCCCCUCUCUGCCUUCCCCUCCUCUCUCCAUUUCUCUCUGACCUAUCCAACAAUAACAACAACAAUAAUAGUAACAACACCAAUAAACGAGGGCAACAAAAGGGAAAAAUGGCCUCCAGGAGCAGUGGAUUUAUAGUGCAGGCACCGAGCCCCAGCGAUAACCCUGGAGGCAAAAACAAAAACAAAAAAACCUUGGCUAGAGCCAUCAUAGAUGAUGGAGUGUUGAAUUUCAUGGGUUAGGAGCCAGUCCAGUCGGCCUCAAACAUCUCCAAAUGGGGUUCAGGACCUUGGGCCACUGGGGUUAACAGGACAGGAGGCAGAUGGUGGCAUGGGGAACCCUUUGGAGACUGGGAUCCAGCUGAGGGGCUUCCUGUUCUCAGCCCCUACUGGGCCUGCAGCACCUCCCAGUGGUGCCCCAAGUGUCUGUGUCAUGUGGGAUGGACCGUGUUUCAUGCUGCCCCUGGUGGUGGCCGAGAUGAGUGCACCCUCCAUCUAUGGAUGUGAAGUAUUAGCCCAGUUCCCUUAGAGUCACUGUCACCAUGUGGCCUUAGUUUCUGGUCUUGUGACCACUUGGGGCAGGCAGGGAUGGUGGUGGGGGAGCUGGAAGAAAGUAGCUGCGGGCAAAUCAAGCUCUUCUUGCCCCAUGGGCAGUAUUUGAGGGCAGGGGAGGGAGUGCUACUCCCAGUUGAGCAUACAUUACCAUGACCAUACGAAAGGACCUGGGUUCAAGACCUGCCCCCACCUAUAGGAGGAAAGCUUCACAAGCAGUAAAACAGGCCUGCGGGUGUCUUGUCUUUCUUCCUCUCCUCUCUCAGCUUCUUUCCUAUCUAAUAAAAUGAAAUAAUAAUUUUAAAGAAGGCUGCUAGGAAGUGAUUUAAAUGAAGUCAUAGGCAAGCACUGAACCCUGGUGAUAUCCCUAGUGGCAAUAGAAUAAAUAAAUCAAACACAGGGCUGAGUGGUAGUGUACCUGGUUGGGCACACGUUACAAUGUACAAGGACCCAGGUUCAAGCCUCCAGUCCUUUCUCCCACCUGCAGGGAGAAAGUGGUGAAGCAGUAUUGCAGGGGUCUACCUCUUUAUAACCUCCCCCUCGCUCUUGAUUUCUGGCUGUCUCUAUCCAAUAAAUAAAGAUAAUAAGCA